AUAACCUCAAAACCGGUCGAUCCAAAGCGAAGCGUGCACGUGUUGACUUCAAUUAUUUCCUAGUCUUAUUGCUUUACUCCACCAGAAAGUUUCAUUUUAUCUGUAAAGGAAGAGUUUUUGAAUGUUGCAAAUAUUGUGUCAUUCAUUUUUACUUGACUGACCAUCAAGUCCUCACAUUAUAAGCACAUUUUUAAUCGUUUAUUUGACACAUUAGGAACUUACCGAGCACCCUCUCCUUGCGUGAUUCUGCAGGUCAUUCAUUACUUCUGUUUCUCCUUCAGUGCACCUCAUCCGUAGCAUAACCAUGGGUGUUGAGAAGGUGGAAGAUACCCAAGACACAGAAACCUCCUAUGAAGAAGCAUGUAAAUUUGUCAACGCAAUUGCCCAACCUCUCGCCUCAAAGAAAGUAGCAAAGAAAAUUUAUAAACUAAUUAAAAAAGCCUCAAAACAGAAGCUUGCGUUUGCUGGUCUAAAAGAGGUCCAAAAGAGGCUUAGGAAAGAUGAAAAAGGAGUUGUCAUUUUGGCUGGUGACAUAACACCCGUUGACAUCAUAAGCCAUAUACCAGGAGUCUGUGAACUGAAAAGUAUUCCUUACUGCUACACGCCGUCACGGAAAGACUUGGGGACUGCAAUGGGUGUCUUCAGGUGGACUGCAAUGGUUUUAGUCAAGCCUCAUCCUGAUUAUCAAGAACUUUACGAUGAAAUCUAUGAAAUUUUUAAAAAUUUGAAUCUUCAACUCAUCUGAAAUGAUCAAUUUUUCAAAUCAUCAGCUCUCAGGUUUACUUUAAAAUUCAUCUCUGGCAUAGUCUUUCUUGUCAGUUCAAAACAAAACGAAGAUAGUGUCUAAAAGAAGUGAAGUAGAAUUUUGGCAUUUAUCCAUUUUUUCCCUAGAUUAUAAGACUAAUCAGAAUGGGUUCAAAUUCAUCCUCACACUAGUCCAGUAGAGCCUUCUAGGAGGGCACUCAAUGGCUAAUUCGGCCCCCCUCCCCCACCUCUGCAUAAAAUUCACAAAAAUUGACCAAAUUUUAUGAUUUUAUCCAAACUGUUGCAUGAUUGUUUCUGUAUAAAAUUAUACUAAUCAAUCAGUUUCAAAAGGAGUUAUAUCCAUUCUUGUGUCGCUAAGAUUAAGAAUUUGUUUGUGCCUGUUCAAGCAAAUUAUUUGCUAACAAAAAUUUUUUGGUUCUAAAAUGUUUCAAAUGAAUAGUAACAUUUUUUGAAUCUACACCUCUGCCUUCGAUCCAAGAAAGUAAAUCUAGUGGCCUGCAUAGCCUAGUAGUAAGAAGUGAAAGGAUGGACACAUCCCCUUAGGUGACUCAUAUCAAGUCAUCAGCAAAGAAGUUGUGAGGCUUUUUCAAUGUUUAUCAUGGUUAAGAAAAUUCGAUAAAAAAAAAUACCUGCCAUUCGACUCUCGUAAUUUUCCUCAUAUCCGUCAAAACAUCUCAAAUUAAUUUAUAUAAUGUGUGUAUUAUUCUCUCAAUACAUAGAAUCCUAAAGAGAGAAUGAAAGAGUUAGUGCCCAAACUUUUUAUUGCACCUGAUUUUCUCACCUAAUUUCUCAAUAUGAAGUUAGUUAACAGCAAUUGUUUCGGUGUUAAUUCAUCUCAUCAUGUUGACUCAAAACUGAAGUUCUUUAUACUAAGUAAGUGACUUUUUUUCCCCUUAUUAAAAAAGUGUUUCUAUUUUUAUAGUAAAGUUUAACACAGUAUGCCACCGGCUUUUAGUAAAAGUAAAAUUUUAAUUUACUCAGAAAUCAGAAUCAAUGAACGUACCUCUCAAUUUUACCUAGUUUUUCUUUGUAUGUACCAUUAGGUAUGUAAAAAUGUAAUACUUGCUUUUGAUUUGGAUGGAUUCUACUUUAUAUGUAUCUGUCUUAUCCUGCUGUAAAUAUAUAAAUGUCUACAAUUUUUUAUAAAGCAAAAUGUGGCAAGACUUA